AUGACAAACUUUCAACCUUUCGAAGGGUUUGAAGACCAAGAUAGCAUCCCAUUUAAUAGGUUUGAAGGCCAAGAUAAUAUUCCUUUCAAUGAUGAGUGGAGACAAGAGGAGCCUGAUGACAUUGAGCUUGAGAAUAAAAACAGUGAAGAUGAAGAUAGUGACUUUAGGAUUGAUGAGGACAACAUAAUUGAGGAUGUUGAGGUUGACAUGGAGGAUUUCAAUCUAAAUAUUGAUACAGAAGCAGAGUUUAACGGAUGUCAAAGUUUGGGUGGUCAAAGAAAUGAAGAUAGUGAUGAACAAGAGGAUUUGGAGGUAAUUGAUAAUGACGAGUGGGAUUCACUAAGUGAUAACUCAGGGGACAACAAGAAAAGAAGAGAAAUGAUCAAAGAGCUGGGGAAACAAACCUUAUGUUCUGUUGGUGAGGUGCACAAGGUAGCUUUUCAUAUUGGGCAGAAAUAUAAAGCCAAGAAAGAAUUGAAAGAUAAAAUUGACCUGCAUGCUUUAGAGACACGGAGGAAUAUCUCAUUUACAAAAAACGACAAGAGUAGAUUAACAGCUAUUUGUGAUGGAACUGUAGUUUUAAAUGCAAGUGGGGUAGGUGGACCUACCUCUGGGAAAAAGGUAAAGGGUAAAGAUGUAAACUCAGAUAAAGUUAAAUGCACAUGGAAACUUCAUGCAUCUAGGUCAAGUGAACAUGACUAUUGGUUUAUUAAGACCUAUAAUCAGAAACACAUAUGCCUUCAAACACGAAAAAUCAGAUCUUGCACAACAACAUUUCUUUCCAAACGUAUUAUGGAUCAGAUUGAAGCUAAUCCUGGACUGCCUGUUCGUGCCUUACAAGAGCAACUCCAAUCAACUUAUGGAGUUAGUAUUUCAGAAGAGAAAGCAUUUAGGGCAAAAACAUUAGCCACCAAAAAUGUUGCAGGGGAUUACGUAAAGCAAUAUGCAGCUUUGAGAGACUAUGUACUAGAGCUACAAAAGAGAAAUGAAGGUACAACUGUAAAGAUUGAUGUGGUUUCUGAACCUGUGGUUUCAUCCCUAACCAGGCAAUUCAGAAGGAUAUAUGUGUGUUUAGGUCCUUUGAAGAAAGGAUUUAAGGCAGGUUUGAGAGAAUUUUUAGGCUUAGAUGGAGCCUUCAUGAAGGGACCUUUCCCAGGUCAAAUACUAAGUGCAGUUGGUGUUGAUUCCAACAAUGGAACCUACCCAUUGGCAUAUGCUGUUGUUGAAAGUGAAAACACUUCAAGUUGGAAAUGGUUUCUUCAGUGUCUUGCAGAAGAUCUUGAAUUGUAUUUAAAUUCCAACUUCACCUUUAUCAGUGAUAGACAGAAGGGUCUUCUACCAGCCAUAGAACAAUUGUUCCCUAAUGCAGAACACAGGUUCUGUAUUAGACACAUAUACCAGAACAUGAGGAUCAGAUUUAAGACUACAGAGUACAAGGAGUAUUUUUGGAGGUGUGCUACAGCCACCACCAUACCAGAGUUUGAAGUUGUAAUGGAAGGGAAAUUUCAGACAUGUUAUUGA